CGCCACUAGCCCCGCCCCGCCCGCCGAUCCUCUGCAUCUCCCGCCCAGGCCGGCUUCGCCUCAGCCUGCGCUGCGCCCUCCCGGCCUGGGGCGUCGCUGGACCCGCCUCCGCGCUCCGCACAGACACCCCCGGCGCUCGGGCGGGGGCGGAAGGCGGAGCGGAGGGGCGGGGGGCGGUGUCGCCGCGGUCUAGGGGCGGCGGGCGGCAGGCUGCGGCCACGGUGUCGGAGGUCCCUGCGCGAUGGCCGCCUCGGUGUUCUGCUGCCUGCGGUGCUGUAGAGACGGCGGGACGGGCCACAUCCCUCUGAAGGAGAUGCCGGCCGUGCAGCUGGACACGCAGCACAUGGGAACAGAUGUUGUCAUUGUGAAAAAUGGGAGAAGAAUAUGUGGAACAGGAGGUUGUUUAGCCAGUGCACCUUUACAUCAAAACAAAAGCUACUUUGAAUUCAAAAUCCAGUCCACAGGAAUCUGGGGUAUUGGCGUUGCAACUCAGAAGGUUAACUUGAAUCAGAUUCCUCUCGGCCGAGAUGUGCACAGUCUGGUGAUGAGAAAUGAUGGAGCCCUGUACCACAACAACGAGGAGAAAAAUAGACUGCCAGCAAACAGCCUUCCACAGGAGGGAGACGUUGUGGGUAUUACAUAUGACCAUGUAGAAUUAAAUGUAUAUUUGAAUGGAAAAAACAUGCAUUGUCCGGCAUCAGGUAUACGAGGGACAGUGUAUCCAGUUGUUUAUGUUGAUGACAGUGCAAUUUUGGAUUGCCAGUUCAGUGAAUUUUAUCAUACUCCUCCGCCUGGUUUUGAAAAAAUAUUAUUUGAACAGCAAAUCUUCUGAAUGUAUUUGUUUUUGAAACUUGUAUUUCUGCACUGUUAAAAGUGUUUACCAUUUAAUAAAACUUUACCUGACCUUUAGAUGAAAAUAUAUUCUUAAAAAUAUGCUUGUUAAUGUUGUUUAAGGAACCAGUGUAUUCAAUAUACCGCCCAGAAGUUGUGAUUUAAAAUACUUAUGUUUUGUGAUAUGAAAUCAGCAUUAUGGGCAGUUUAUUUAAUUCUUAUUUAAAUAAUAUAACUAUGGGUUUGAUUAGCAAUAUUAAGUGGAAAUAUGUAUAUUGAUAUUUAAAAGGGAAUCUUUCUUACAUAAAAUAUUUUUUUGAUAGAGAUGUAGAGUUGGGUGGGCUUUUUGUCAUUCUUAAGUUUAGACCUCAUUACCUAUUUUAAGUCUGCAGUUCAAUAAUUUUGUGGCUCCAUUUCCUUUUUUAUAUAAAGCAAAACAAAGUGACAGAAAUUUAUAUUAUUUUCAACUUCUUUUUUGGCGAUUUAUUUACUGCAAAAUGUGCCACUUCAAAUUUAAAUAGCUUAUUUUGUUUGUAUGUCAUUGCUUUUGAUUUGCUUUGUGAAAGGAGAUAAGUGUCUUAGUAAUGGUCAGAGUGUUUUGUUGGAGACCAUCGUGCUGUGUUACUUCAGUCCCAGGGGUAGGUAGUGGUUUUGUGGUGAGGUAGCAUACACUGGCAGACGUGCAGAAUAGUCUGAUGCUUUAAACUUAAACGUAAAUGGGAUUGUUCUUUUGAGGACUUUUAUUUAAAGGUGUGUUUUUCUAUAAAGAAUAAUAAAAUAAUAGUAAUUAAGGAGUAUCCAGUACUAUAUUAAACACCUGUUUUUCCUGUUUUGUUAAUUAUACAGUAAAUUCACUUCACCCUGGAUUAUUUCAGAAGUUCAGAGAUAAGUGAAUCCUCUCCAUGACCCUGAGCCUUUGCCUAGUUUUCAGUAAGAAUUGCUGUCCUUAAGUUAGCACCCUACUAACCUGAAGUAAUUACUGUACACAUCUUUGGUACAGGCCCUUUUCAAAUGAGCAUGCCAGAGAUGCAUACGUGUCACUCCUCUAUCAACAGGGAGCAGUAGGUUGUACU